AUGGUGGCCACAACACCAAUACCAAUACCAUCUGCGGUAGUGGGAAUACCAGAACAGUUAGUAGUAGUUGUCGCCUUUGUAGUCUGUAUGGAAAUUGCAAAAUUAGUUAACCUGGGAGUAGGAAUACUGGAGUGUCAGAAUAUGGAAUAUGGAGUGUGUGCAAUGAUGCUUAAAGGUGAAGUUGAAGUUGAAAGACAGGAAAUUUCCUCAACUUCCACUACGCCAUCCAGCGUUGGCAUGGCUGCACUUGGUAAUGGUGCAGCGAUUUUCUGUUUGUUAGCAGUUGCCUGUGCGGAUAAAUUAGGUUAUAAUUACCAGCCUGUAGCGCAUUCAGAACAAGGUCUCUCGUUCGUUCCAGGUGCCAGUGGACAUGAAUUACCACAACAAUCACUAGUUCAACAAGCUCCCAUACAACAGGCGUCCAUACAACACGCCGCACCCAUACAACAGACAUCAUCUCAAGUGUCCCAGCCUGCACCAUUAAUUGAAGAAUAUGAAAAAGAAUUUUAUAGUUAUUCUGCUCCGGAAGAAGAAUUUGAUGAUGGUGCAUCUAAUCAAAGAAGUAGUAAUUCUUUGAAAAGAAACUUACGUGUUUUAUUCAUAAGAACACCAGAAAAUCAAGGACUUGCAAAUGCUGCCCUAUCCUUAGCCAGACAAGCUACUGAUGAAAGAACUGCAAUUUAUGUCCUUACAAAACAAGCUGACGUUGGUAAUUUAGCUAAACAACUUGAGAAUCAAAAGUCACAAUCAAGAAGUAUACCUGAAGUACACUUCGUUAAAUACCGCACACCACAAGAUGCCGCUCACGCUCAGCAGGCCAUACAGUCGCAGUACAACUCUCUGCCUGGUGCUUCACACAGCGACCAAGGAACCGCUAAUGUUUUGAAUUUUGCUUCGAAAGCCACUGGCCCAGCUACUAACACUGCCCCAGCUAGUCCUCAUGCGCAAUAUCUACCAGCAAACCCGGUGCCAAGUCAACAGUACUUACCAUCUAGUUUGCGAAGAUUGCGUUUAUAA